AUGACUAUAUUUUGUUUUUUUUUUUUUUUUUUUUUACAUUCGCAAGCUAAGGGAUUUUUAAAUUUUUUACAUAAAACAAAUGAAACAACAAAAAAAUAUACAUUUAUGUUAAUUUCUUUGAUUGAAUCAAGAGAAAAAGUAAAAUUAAAUAAAAAUAACGAUAAAAAAUUAAAAGAAAUAGAAGAAAACAUAAAAAAAAUAAAAAGAGAGAUGAAUAAUAUGUAUUUCUCUCUUAAGCAUUUAUAUUCAUCAAUUAAUUUAAGUUUCACCAAAGAGUUAUAUUUAUAUGAUGAAGAUGUUAAAAUAAGGAUAUUUGAAGAAGAAAGUUUAAACAAUCUUAAAACAAUUAAUGACUUAAAAGUUUAUUUAGAAAAAAUUACUAGACGUUAUAAAAAAAAAUUCAUGAAAAAUAAAUUAGAGCAGACUUGUAAUUACAUUAAUACUAAAAAUAUCUUACGUAAACAGAUUGAAGUAUUAAGAUAUAGCUACCAUAUGAUAUUAAUAAAAUUAUAUUAUAAAGAAUAUAUAAAUUAUUUUAGAAAAUUAAUAAACAACAAAAAUGAUUUUUUUAACAUUCCAUUUAAUUCAUUUCUUUACUUUAAAGAAGAUAUUUUUUAUAAAAAUUAUGAGAAUUACAAUGAAAACAUAACAGAAAAAGAUAUAUUAAAUGAAGAAAAAGAGAUUAAAGAAAAAAUUAAUAAAAUGAAAAAUGAAGAUGGGGAUCAAAUGAAAAGCGAGAAAAAUAUCGAAAAAAAAAAAAAAAUAAAUGAGUCUAAAUCUUAUUUAUAUAUACUAAGUGAAAAAUCAGAUAAAGAGUUUAUGAUGAAAAUGAGAAUCCUCCUAAAUAAUAUCUAUAUUUCAUUAGGAAAAAAUAUUUUCAAUUCUGUUAAAUAUAUACCAUUAAAAAUGAUAGAAAUAACAGAAAAACAAAUAGGUGUAAAUUAUUGCAGGGAUGUAUAUAAAGAAUUAAAAUAUAAGAAUUACGAUAAAACUUUUUUUGAUGAAAAUCAUUUUGAAAAUUUAAUUAAAUAUUCUGAAGAAAAAACAUUUUCAUCAUUAAUAUUAGAAGAAAAAAAAAACCUUUAUGAAAAGAGAGGUGUUUUUCAUUAUUUUAUUUUUUUUCAUAUAGAAAAAAUAUUAAUUAUAAAAAGAAAACUAGAAAAUAAACUAUUAGAAUUUAUUAAACUAUUUAAACAAUUUCAAAAUAAUCCUCAAUCAAUGAUAAUAACAAUUAAAAAUGAAAUAAAAUAUAUAUUCGGCUUAUUGAAUGAAUAUAUAGAUAUGUAUUCAUUUAUUUAUUUGAAUUUUGAUGAUUAUUAUAAUACAAUUAGAGAUAUAUUAUCUUUGAAUUAUAUUGAAAAAAAUUUAAAAGAUAAUAGAAAAUAUAUAGCUGAAAAAAUUAUAAAGCAUUUAAGUAAUUUAAAUAGGUCUUUUUCUAAAUAUAGUAAAACCAAAGAAAUAUAUGAAAAUUUUAUAGAAAACCUAACAAAAAAAAAAGAUAAAACUAUGAAAAAUAAAUAUAAUAAAAAUAUUAAAAAAAAUAAUGAAAAAAAAAAUGAUAUGGAUAGAAAUGAAACAUUAAAAAAAGGGGAGAAAAAUAAAAAUUACGUUGAUUUUAAUAAUAUAAAAGAAUCAGAAAAUUUCAAUUUAAAACAUCCUUUAUUUCCGUUAAAUGACAAUGAAAAUUUCUUUAUAGAAAAAGAAGAUAGGGAAAAAAAAAGUGAAUUAUAUAAUAGAGUGAUAAAGGAUGAAAAUGAGUAUUUACACAAUUUAAAAAAUAUAAUGAAACUAUUAAACGAUUAUAAAAAACUUAAAAAUAAAAAAAUAAAAAUAAAAUAUGUUUCAAAUAUUAAUAAGACAGAAAGGGAACCUAUAUUAUUUGCAUCAAAAUUUAGACAAUACCAAAUAAUAGAAUAUUAUAAAAAUAUUUUACUAUUUAUAAAAAUGUUAAUUAUAAAAAGAAUAUUAUUAAAAUUAAAAACAAAAAUUAAAUUUUUAAAAGAAUUUUCCCCAUCUGCUUUUUUGUUUAAUAAAUAUUUUUUUUUCAUUAUAUAUAAUAGCUCCUUUCAAAAUUUUAUAAAAAAAUAUAAAAAAAAAGUAAAUACAGAUUUUUGUUUCAACUUAACUUUAAUAAACUUAGAAAGUUCACUAAAGUAUUUUGAUUUGUUUAAUAUUCUGAUAGAUUAUAUGUUUUAUAUUUUUAAUCUUAAUCCUAACUUCAUGAGUAAACAUUUGAGUGUGGAUAAUGAACUUAUUCUGACUGAUUUAUAUGAAAAUAUUAAAAAUUUGAAAAAUUUAACUGAUAUAAAAAAUUUUUUACAAACAAAAUUUUCUCAAAACAUUUAUAAUUUAUCCUUUAAAAACAUAAAAAAAUCUUUUAAAUUUAUUCAUACAUAUUUACAUAAUAUAUUUAACAGUGACAAUAUCUCUACACAUAUUUUAAAAAAUUUUGAAAAUUUGAAAAUUUAUCAAAAGAACAAGGAUUUACACAAAGUAUACAAUGAAAUUUAUUCAAAAAAUAAAAUUGAAAAUUUUAUUUUUAACAAUAUGAAUGAUUUAAAAAAUGAAUUUAAUUAUGUAAAUACGACAAAUGUAUCAUCUAUUAAUUUCUGUUCUUAUAUAGAAUUUCCAUUAAAACUGUUUGAUAACACGUUUUUAAUGAAUUCCUUAACAGAAUCUUAUAAAUUUAUUCUUUACAAAACCCAGCAAAAUUAUAUUUUUAAAUUAUAUUAUUAUGUUAAUUAUAAAAAUACAACUAUUUUUGAAAAAAUUAUUUUUCAAUUAUUAAGUAAAUAUAAUAUGGAAACUUACAACAAUUUAAAAAUUAAUAUGAUGAAAUCUUAUUGCAAAAAAAAAAAAAUUGAAAAAGAUAAAAAAUUUUAUAAAAGUAUAAAUUUUUUUAAUGAAAAUAACUACUUAAAUGAAGAUAAAGAAAGUUAUAAUUUUUCUGAUAGUAAUAAUAAAUAUAUUUACGAAAAUCUAGUAAUUUCAUGUAGUGAAUGUUUAAAUGACAAAAAUAGUUCACAAAUAUCAAAAGGAAAAAUUGAUUUCAAUUCAAAAAGAAACAUGAAAAUUGGUAAAUCACAAGAUAAAUUUGAAAAUGUUAAUAUAAAUAAUAAUUUACCAUGUUUUUAUGAAUGUGAUUUAUUAGAUGAAACAAAAAAAUCUCUUUUAUCUUUUCAUAUAAAAAACUUUGAAAAAUAUUCAAAUAAAUUAGAACUUGAAUUACCAAAAGAAAAUUAUGAGAUUAAUAAUAUAUUACACCUAUUUACCAAAACAGAUGGAAAUUAUUUUCGUAAAAUAAACAAAAAUGAAAUUAAAAAAGAACUAAUAUAUUGUAAUAAUAUAUAUAUAAAUUAUAAACCAUUUUCAUUUAAUUCAACAUUUAAUAUUUCUCUCGCUAAUGAAGAUGAAUUUCUUUUAGAAAAAGAUUCAAUUGAGCAUUACUACUUUAUCUUAAAUUUAUUACAUGAAUAUUUAGUAAAUAAAAAUGAAAACCUUUUAAAUAUCAAAAAAGUAGAAAAAAAAAUAACAAAUUUAUACGUAAAAAUAAAAUUAUAUGAAGAAAACAUUUCACAAAUAUAUAAACAAACACAAUUAAAAAAUUUAAUUGAAGAUACAAGUGAAAUGAAAAAACAAUAUAAAAAUGAUAUAUCAAAGGCAGUGUAUGAAAAACAUAUAGCAUUGUUAGAUAUAUAUAGAGAUAUAAUACAAAUAUAUGCAAAAACUGAAAACCAUUUAAUUAGCUUAAAAAAAGUAAAAGAAAAAAAAAAAAUAAGCAUGAGAAAUUUCGAGUUAAAUAAAUAUUCUCAUUUAAUUCAAAAUCAGAAGGAAGAUAUUCAACAAUUUAAUUUUUACCAUAAUGAAAUAUUAAAAUAUUUACGAAAACAAGAGAAAUGCUGUGAUUCUUACAUAAAAGAGAUGUUAAUCCAUUUUAAAUAUUUAUCUGCAUUCCAUUCUUCAUUUUCUAAUAUUGAGAAAAAUAAAAAAAUAAUUGUUUAUAUAUAUAGAAGUAUCAUUGAUUCAUUUAAUGAUAUUAUUAGGUGUGAAAAAAACACAAAAGACUUAAUUAUUAAUUAUAAUAAAAUAAAAGAAAAAUUGCGUUUAAUGUAUACAAUUAAUAGUAAUUCACAUAAAAAAUAUCGAAAAUUUUACCUAUUAACUAACUAUUUUUAUAUUGAAAGAGAUGAUAAUAUUUACUUUUUUAUAGAUAUUUAUGAAAAAAUAAGAAAUUAUAAAAUUUAUGAAAAACUUAUAAGUGAUAUAAAAGAAGAUUUAUUUAUUGUUGGGAAAUUAAAUGAUAAAAAUAAAAAAUGGCAAUUAAUUUUUAAACAAAUAGAAAAGCAAAUUAAUAUUUUAAUAGGAUUAAAAAAAAAGUUACAUAUAGAUGUUGUAUCUAAUGUAAAAACUUUAUAUUCCAAUUUAUUUUAUGAACUUAUGAUGAUUUAUGAAUAUCUCGUAAAUUUUGAAAAAAAUUUAAAUAAAAAGUUGCUUAUUUAUAAUAAUACCUUAAAUAACAUAGAAAAUUCUUUUGAGAAUAAACCAAACUUUACAUAUAAUUCUUUUUUUUAUAAUUACGUAAAAUAUGAUAAUAAAGGAAUUGAAUUUAUAGAUAAAAUAUUAGAAAUUUAUGAAGGAAAAAAUUAUGUUAAUCUAGAAAAAGAAAAUAAUUAUAAUAGUAAUAUAUAUAUAUCAUAUAAUAAAAACAAAAUGAACAAAAAUUAUUUUACUAAUAAGGAAGGCACACCCUUUCGAUUAGUAGAAAAUGAAUGUAAAUAUAAAAUAUGUCCUCCCAAUUCUUUCUGUUCUAUUCAUAAAUUUAAAGAAAAAUGUUUUUGUUUUCUAAAUUAUACAAUGAUAGAUAACAACUGCUAUUUAAAUAAAAAUAACACAUGUAAGAUAAAAAAUGGUGGAUGUGAUGAUAAAGCAAAUUGUGAAUUAAAGAAAAAUAAAAUUUAUUGUUCAUGUCCUUUAGGAACAGAAUCUUUACACGAAGGUGUUUUAUGUAGUUUAUCUAUGUUUGAAAAAUUUUCAAACUUUUUUAUUUUUUUAUUGAUUUUAAUUUCGUAUUUUUUGUAA